CAUCAUCUUUUGCUUUUUUCUUAACCAGGUAAAUGAGGAUUCUGUGGAGCCACCUCUUGGAUGCAGUAAAGAAACCAAUAAUAUAGGAAGAAGAAGAAAUCCUCUCAAGGUGAUGAUCUUGCAGAAUUCUUCACCCCACAGAUAAGAAAGAAAGAAGGAGUCAAGAAUCUGUAUUGCAAUUAAACACCCUGUUGAUAUGGCGGAGAAACCCUAUACAUGCUUAGCCUGUGGACAGAGCUUCAGCCACAGUUCAGGUCUAUGUUCACAUCAAAGGACUCACACUGGGGAGAAACCCUAUCAAUGCCUGGAGUGCGGACAGAGCUUCGCUCAGAGUGGAAAUCUACGUACACAUCAAAGGACUCACACUGGGGAGAAGCCCUACCAAUGCCUGGAGUGUGGAAAGAGUUUUGCUUGGAGCAAAAACCUACGUUCACAUCAAAACACUCACACUGGGGAGAAACCCUAUAAAUGCCUGGAGUGUGGACAGAGCUUCACUGAGAAUGGAAGUCUACGUUCACAUCAAAGGAUUCACACUGGGGAGAAACCCUAUACUUGCCUGGAAUGUGGACAGAGCUUCACUGUGAAUGGAAGUCUACGUAGACAUCAAAGGACUCACACUGGGGAGAAACCUUUUACAUGCCUGGAGUGUGGAAAGAGUUUUCCUUUGAGUAAAAACCUACGUUCACAUCAAAAGACUCAUACUGGAGAGAAACCCUAUAAAUGCCUGGAGUGUGGACAGAGCUUCACUCAUAGUGGAAGUCUUCGUUCACAUCAAAGGACUCAUACUGGGGAGAAACCUUAUACAUGCCUGGAGUGUGGACAGAGCUUCGCUAAGAAUUCAAGUCUACGUUCACAUCAAAGGAGUCACACUGGGGAGAAACCCUAUAAAUGCUUGGAGUGUGGAAAGAGCUUCACUGAGAAUGGAAGUCUACAUAGACAUCAAAGGACUCACACUGGGGUUAAACCUCAUAAAUGUCUGGAGUGUGGAAAGAGCUUCACUCAGAGUUCAGGUCUACGUUCACAUCAAAAGAUUCACACUGGGGAGAAACCCUAUCAAUGCCUGGAAUGUGGACAGAGCUUCACUAAGAAUGGAAGUCUACGUAAACAUCAAAGGAGUCACACUGGGGAGAAACCUUAUAAAUGCCUGGAGUGUGGAAAGAGUUUCGCUUGGAGUGAUAAUCUACGUAGACAUCAAAAGACUCACACUGGGGAGAAACCCUUUAAAUGCCUGGAGUGCGGGCAGAGCUUCACUGAGAAUGGAAGUCUACAUUUACAUCAAAGGACUCACACUGGGGAGAAACCCUGUACAUGCUUAGAGUGUGGACAGAGCUUCACUCAGAUUUCAACUUUACGUUCACAUCAAAGGACUCACACUGGGGAGAAACCCUAUGCAUGCCUGGAGUGUGGAAAGAGUUUCGCUCGGAGUGGAAAUCUACGUUCACAUCAAAAGACUCACACUAGGGAGAAACCCUCUGAAUGCCUGGAGUGUGGAAAGCGCUUAUGUUUACACACGCAAAAAAAUCAAACAUUCAAUGCCUUAUGCAAAUACUAACAUCUCUAAAAUAAUACAAAACAAUAACAAAUGCAUAACGAAAGAAAAAUUAACAUCAAAAAAUUAUGAGUAAUCAAAUAAACAAACUAACAUAAUUAACAAUUAAGACAUAGACCCUGAGAAAACAAUUAAAAUACAUAAAUGCCACCAUGGUUCUUCUUUCUUAUGUACCAUAGCAACAGUGGAAUACAAAUAAAGUAGCCUAUACAUCCCUGGAGUGGGGACAAAGCUUUGCCCUGAGUGGAGAUCUACAUACAUAUCCAAGGACUGCCUAGAGUGUGGACGGAGCUUCACUGAGACCGGAAAUCUACAUAGACAUCAAAGGAUUCAUACUGAGUAGAAACCCUAUACAUCCUGAAGAGUAUGGACAGACCUUCAGCUGCAGUUCAGGUCUAUGUUCACAUCAAUAAACCCACACUGGGGAGAAACCCUAGAAACCCAUGGCGUGUGAAAAGAGCCAGACACAGUAAUAAGUAAAUUGUUAAAUGUUGAUAUUGGAAUUAUCAAAAUUUCGGAUUAUGCCCUGGUGUCAAUUGAGAUUGCUUUGAAAUGUGAUUAUGAUAAAAUGAGGUGGAGAUUGAAUACAAAAUUUUUUGAAUUAUAGAGAUUGUGUGUAGAGUGAAAUCAGAAUGGCAAGUAUUUGGGGGAUUUAAUGAAAGGGAAGUAUCAAAGGGAGUGCUAUGGGACACAUUGAGAGCAGUGGUGAGAGGGUUAGGCA